ACGAUGCAGAAACGACAGAACAGGAGAAGAUACCCUGAACAUUUUAAGGGGCGUCACCUAAACCUAACAGAUCUGAAAACGGAAAGUUUAAAAAUUGGUUUGAGCAGUAACUACCUGUACAAAACAAACAUCCCAGAAUAUCCCAAACCAGAGUUCCAUGUGAGUCAUCUGAAACAUGAAACUACACAAUUAGGGCUACAUGGGAUCAGGGGGGAUGGAGGUUUCAGACCUCUAAAUGGAGGAUCCCUGAUAUGGUGGAGCCUGGCUGUGGGACAAGACGAGAUAAAUAAUGCAGAGAAGAGGCUCCUGGAAAAGAGUUUGUCAGAGCGGGAGAGGGUGGCUCCUGAGCAGCAGAGGUUCCUAUGGAAGUUUGCCACGUCUCCAGCCUUCAAGGAGACGUCCCGGCUGGGCUCCUUCCGCUUCACCUUCCCCCUGCAGGAGGUGCUGAAUGCCUACAGACACCAGAUUUGUUCUGGAGCUCAUCCGGUCAUGCGGGUUUAUGAGACUGUACUAUACACACAGGAAGUGAUGUAUACUGUUCUGGUUCACAGUCCAGACGAGACUGUGAAUAAGAAGUUUUCAGAAUAUCCUCUACUGACCCGAGACGACCCGAACGGCAUCUGUGUCAACAACGAUGAACAUUUUAUCUGGAGGUCAGAGGCCAUGUGCGAGACUCACUGGUAA